CCAUUUAUACCCCGGCGACGCGACCGUACUCCCUAUAAAAAUCCAGUCUUGGAUCUCGUUUCUUCUUCUUGAAUCCUUCCCUCUUAUUCUCCUCCUCCAUGGCGAUCUCCACCACCCUCAAACCCUGCCGCCGGCUGUUGAUCGGUUGCACGAGAACCGUCGGAUUCUUGCCGAACUGCCCCCGCCGCCUGCCCUCCGCCACCGACCACCACUCCCUCCACCGCCUCCCCCGCCCCGCCGACCCCGAACCCGCCCGGCCCCGCCCCUACGCUUCCCCGAGCCACAGGGGCAUUCUGGGAAUCCCCGCCGCCGUCUCGGACCUCCGCCGCUUCUCCACCUCCUCGGAGCCGUUCCCCGGUGGCGGCGAUAAGGCCUUUGAUAGGAUUUACAUCCAGGGCAUGGCCGUGAAGCCCCUCGAGCUCGAGAGCGUCGAAGCGGAAGCCCUAAGGGAGGCGGGGAAAGAGGAAGGGGAACGGGAACAGGCUGCGACGGUGGAAACGGAGGGAUCUGUUGAUGGUGGAGUUGGGAAUUUGGAGGAAUCGGGUAGGAAUUUGGAGGUGGGGAAGGACAGGGAGGUGUCGGAGGUGGAAAAGGAGGCGUGGAGGUUUUUGAACAAGGCGGUGGCGAGCUACUGUGGGAGCCCGGUGGGGACUGUGGCCGCCAAUGACCCGACGACGUUGAGCCAGCUCAAUUACGACCAGGUAUUCAUCAGAGACUUCGUUCCCUCAGCAAUAGCGUUUCUAAUCAAGGGGGAGAGCGAUGUUGUCCGGAAUUUUCUCCUCCACAUCGUGCAGCUGCAGAGCUGGGAGAAGACUGUGGAUUGCUACAGUCCCGGACAGGGUCUGAUGCCUGCUAGUUUUAAGGUUAGAACUGUUCCUUUGGAUGGAAGCAAUGAAGCCUUUGAGGAGGUUUUGGACCCUGACUUUGGAGAGUCAGCAAUUGGGCGUGUAGCGCCAGUUGAUUCUGGACUGUGGUGGAUUAUUUUGCUGAGAGCUUAUGGAAAGAUCACAGGAGAUUACACAUUACAAGAGAGAGUGGAUGUACAAACAGGCAUUAAAUUGAUCCUCAAUUUAUGUUUGUCAGAUGGCUUUGACAUGUUUCCUUCUCUUCUAGUCACUGAUGGCUCAUGUAUGAUAGACCGUCGGAUGGGCAUUCAUGGACACCCUCUUGAGAUCCAAGCUUUAUUCUACUCUGCUCUGCGGUGCUCUCGUGAAAUGAUCACCAUCAAUGAUACUUCUAAGAACCUGGUCCGUGCUAUUAAUAACAGGCUUAGUGCUCUCUCUUUCCACAUAAGAGAGUACUAUUGGGUAGAUAUGAAGAAGAUCAAUGAGAUCUAUCGCUACAAAACUGAAGAAUAUUCCCAAAAUGCUGUUAACAAGUUCAAUAUAUAUCCAGAGCAAAUUCCUUAUUGGCUAGCGGACUGGAUUCCUGAGAAAGGAGGCUACCUUAUUGGAAAUCUACAGCCAGCUCACAUGGACUUUAGGUUCUUCUCUCUUGGCAAUUUUUGGGCCAUAGUCUCUUCUCUAACUACUCCAAGACAAGCUGAGGGUAUUCUCAAUCUUAUAGAAGAUAAAUGGGAUGAUCUCGUGGCAAAUAUGCCUUUCAAAAUAUGCUAUCCUGCUUUAGAAUAUGAGGAAUGGCGUAUAAUCACUGGCGGUGAUCCCAAGAACACUCCUUGGUCAUAUCAUAAUGGUGGAUCUUGGCCUACACUAUUAUGGCAGUUCACGUUAGCUUGCAUUAAGAUGGGCAGGCCAGAUCUAGCCCAAAGAGCUGUUGCAGUGGCUGAGAAGCGGCUUUCAAAUGACAAGUGGCCAGAAUAUUAUGAUACACGAGCUGGAAGAUUUAUUGGAAAGCAGUCACGCCUCUAUCAGACAUGGACCAUAGCUGGAUUCCUCGUCUCUAAACUGCUUUUGGCAUAUCCAGAGAUAGCAACGAUAUUGACAUGCGAGGAAGAUCUUGAGCUUCUUGAAGGCUGUAUUUGUGGUCUAAACAAGAGUUCUCGGACCAAGUGCUCCCGUCUUGCAGCCAGAUCGCAGAUUCUUGUUUAACCAUGCCCAUCUGCUAAAUUUUCGGGAUGCAUCCAUGCUGUAUAGAAGAAAACAUCAACGUAGAGCAAUUAGUUUGAAACCGAAAACAAGAAAUACAGCCUUUGUGGUAUAGAUUGAGGUCAGGUUUAUCCUUUCAUCUUGAUUCUCAGUGUAUGUAUAUUUAUAUUUUUAUUGAGCUUCCAUCAAGGACUAAUAGAAUCUGGUGGAUGGUGGUGCUGCAGCAAGCAAUUUCUGUAUGUUGUAACAAGAUCUACUAAUUCACGUCACUGCUAACAUUUGAGUUCAAUUAAGAAUUUGUAAAAUAGAUGUGCGUAUUACUAAUUGUUGCCAAUACAAUCGUUUUAGUGGUUUACAAGCAUUA